AUGCCUUCCAUACAUUUCACCAUUCUCAUGCUCUCCGGCCAGAGGAGGUUUCCGACGCCUACAAACGCCGCGCAUGCCUUCCCUUGCGCAGCCGGACCCUACUCGUCUGAACUACAGGAUUCAAACUCAAUAGCCACCCUGAUCACUGUCACCGGAGAGGCAAUCCAGCUGAUCUCUGUUCAACCGGUGAAGAAUGGCACUGACGAGAGAUACGCGACGCUGAAAGACCUGCAGAAGCGACUUCAACAGAUCUCCAUGUCAGAGAGCUCAACGAUCAGACGCAUGAGAUGGGUUCAGCACAAGUCGAGCAUGGAGAAGGUUGAUGACCGCAUCAAGGACGGCCGUCUACGCAAGACAAUUGCCGACCGUGAAAUAUCUCAUGCGACAUUGGUGUCGAUACCGAAGCCACAGACCUUGGAGCUAGAUGCGGCCGAAGUUGAAAAAGAGAUUGUGCGCAUAUUCGCCGAAGACAACGACUACCUCGAAGACUUUGGAUUCACCCCCAUCCACAUCGCUGUCUUGGAUCUCUACGACGCCAGCGACUCCGAGCGACCGAAGGCGAACAAUGCUCCUCCGGAACGAACUGGGCACGAUGGAAGACCAGAUGUCAAAAACGAUCACCGUUACAAGAUGAGGAUUCUAGUCGCGCGAGCCGAUCCCUUCAUCCAGUCCAACCUCAAUGCGAAUAUCAUCCAUGCAGCGGUCGAGUCGAAUGCGCUGCAGAGUUUGGCCUACGCACUCGAGAUCAGCAGAUGCUAG